CUCUGUGCCCUGUGCGCUCCGUGGCGCUCCCCUCGCCGCUCCCCUCGCCGCUCCCGCGUUUCCCCCCCCCCAACCCCGGUCGCCUCCCCCGCUUUGCCCCGUCGGGCCGGCGCCGCCGGGGCGGGCGCACCCACCCGCACCUUCCGGGCCCGCUCCGCCCGCUGAGGGCUUUAGAUCUCUGCACGCCGCUCGCCCACCCCGCCGCUCGCCAUGGCCCGCGGGAAGGCCAAGGACGGUGAUGGCAACUGGAAGAAAUUCAUCUGGAACUCGGAGAAGAAGGAGCUGCUGGGCCGCACCGGGGGCAGCUGGUUUAAGAUCCUCCUCUUCUAUGUCAUCUUCUACGGUUGCCUGGCAGGUAUAUUCAUCGGGACCAUCCAAGUGAUGUUGCUCACUGUCAGCGAAUUUGAGCCCAAAUACCAGGAUCGAGUGGCACCUCCAGGACUGACUCAAGUCCCCCAGGUUCAAAAGACAGAAAUUGCCUUUACUGCCUCUGAACCCAGAAGUUAUGAACCGUAUGUGAGGAACCUUGAUAAUUUCUUAAGGGACUACAGUGCUGAGCAACAAACUGAAAACAUUGUGUUUCAGGACUGUGGAGAUGCACCUACUGAAUACAAAGAGAGAGGACCAUAUAAUGAUGCCCAGGGCCAGAAAAAGGUCUGCAAAUUCAAACGCGAAUGGCUGGAAAACUGUUCUGGAUUAAAUGAUCCUACCUAUGGCUACAAGGAUGGCAAACCAUGCAUCCUUGUCAAGCUCAACAGAAUUAUUGGCUUCAAACCUCAGGCUCCAGUCAAUGAAAGCCUCCCUCCUGAGGUUAUGGCAAAAUACAACCCAAAUCUCAUCCCUGUCCACUGUGUUGCCAAGCGAGAGGAAGAUGCAGACAAAAUCGGCACGGUGGAGUACUAUGGGAUGGGCGGCUUCCCUGGCUUCGGGCUGCAGUACUACCCCUACUACGGGAAGCUGCUGCAGCCGCGGUACCUGCAGCCGCUGGUGGCCGUGCAGUUCACCAACCUGACCUACGACAUGGAGGUGCGUGUGGAGUGCAGGGCCUACGGGCAGAACAUCGUCUACAGCGACAAGGACCGCUUCCAGGGACGCUUUGAUAUUAAAUUUGACAUAAAAAGCAGCUGAUCGUAAGCACAACUCUCUUCCUCUCCCUCCUCCUCCUCCUAGCCAUUUAAAAAGGUUAAAAAAAAAAAAAGAACAAAAAAGAAAACCUACUAGUCUUGAACAAACUGUCAUACGUAUGGGACCUACACGUAAUCUAUAUGCUUUACACUAGCUUUCUGCAUUUACUAGGUUAGAAUGUAAACAAAGUGUAGCAAUAGUGACAAAUAUUUAUUCUACUGUAAAUGACAAAAGAAAACAAAAUUGAGCCUUGGGACAUGCCCAUUUUUACUAUAAAUUAUGAUUCCAUAACUGACUUGUAGUAAGCAGUGUUUCUGGCCCCUAAGUAUUGCUGCCUUGUGUAUUUUAUUUAGUGUACAGUACUAUAGGUGCAUACUCUGGUCAUUUUUCAAGCCAUGUAUUGUAUCUGUUUUCUACUUCUUGUGAGCAAAGACUUUUGCUGUCCAAGGUGUAAAUACUCAAUGGGACUAGAACUGGCAUGAAACUUCCUCAUUAUUUUGUUCCUUUUCAAAGAAAGGCCCACCUGUGAGACGAUAUUUAACAGCACUCCAUAAGGCUUCUGGCUUUUCUGUGGUGUUAGGGUAUUUUAUUUGGAGGGGUGGCAGGGAAACUAACUUAAGUGAAGUCAAAGAGAGCAGGUGAUUGUGUACUGUGCUUUGUAGUGAAUGCUGUCUCUCUCUCCACCUCUUCCCUUAUCCUCCAGUAUGUUGUGUGAGAGACCGGGUCAGGCUAUCACUCUCCGCAGUGAUAGGCAUAACUCUUUGCUUUGUAUAUUUUCUUAUCUUUUUCUUUUUUUCUUUUUUUUUUUUUUUCCUGCUGAAGGCAUCGCACACUGUGGUGCUAAUGUCUUUAUUGAAUGUUUUAGCCAUUUUCAUGGUGGAAGAAUUUUAUAUUUAUGCAGUUGUACAAUUUUAUUUUUUCUGCAAGAAAGUGUAAUGUAUGAAAUAAACCAAAGUCACAUGUUUGAAAAUAAAUCUUUAUUUUAAACUUUAUAAAAGCAAUGCAGUACCCCAUAGAAUGGUGUUAAAUGUUGUCUAAAGUGCAAAACUCUAUGUUCUAACAUGUAAUAAUAGCCAGGAGUACAGUGCUCUUGUUGAUCUUGUAUUUCAGUCAGGUUGAAACAUUGGACAAAUAAAUGAAUGAACACACA